UACUGUCACAUGCAUUGUUAUACUUCCACGUAACAACUCCACUAAUCAAGUCGUGGUACUCCCAAACCAUGUCUAUCACGAAACUAGUCCUGUCUUUGGCCACCAUCAUAGCUAGCUGCCACGCUAGCGGGUUUGGUCACGUGCCUCUACCACACGCACACUUAGCAGCAGUAAAGUCGUUUCCAAUUGUGCGAUAUGCUCCGUUCUACAAUUUCCCAUCACCCGUACGGUCAAUUCAUGCCGUAUCUCCAGGUUUCCCUGCUGUUGCGUCUUCAUUAGCCGCUGCCCCUAUUCUACCUCCACCAUUGCCGGCUCGCGUUUACCCAGCUCCUGUAUUCUCAGCUCCCGUACCAGCAGUGGCACCUGCUCCAUUCCUGCCAGCACCAGUACCCGCGCCAGUAUUUCCAGCGCCAGCAGUUGCUCCCGCGUACCCCGCGUUACCUGCACCGGCUCCUGUUUUUGCGCCUGCAUAUCCAAGAUACGCGCCUGUGCCCGUACCAGCUGCACCUGUAUUUGCCCGUGCGGCUUUGCCAGUUGCGCCAUUCUCACCCAUAGCUAGACCUGUUUUAGCGCCUGCUCCUGUCUUUGCUCCCGCGCCGUUAGCAGUUACAAAAGCUUUCCCAUAUGCCUUCGGUCCACCGGUGUUACAAGCUCCUGUGGUGAAACAAUUCGCGUGGAAGUAAAUUAAUUGUAGAACGUAGUUUUAAAUAUUGUUAUAGUAUUUUGUGUCGUGGUUGUUAAAGCUAUUUUUAUACUGAGGCUGUUUUUAUACAAUUGUAAAUAAAUAUGAAUAUGAAA